CGGCCCCGGAUGGAGGAGCGGGAGGAGGUCCCAGCGCCCGCUCCCGCACCCGCCGCCAUUUAGACAGUCCCGCAGCGUCCGCCACCCGCCGCCGCCGCCGGGGCUGGCUGCGCUGGGUGCCGGGCCGUUGCCGUCACCGCCGCCGCCAUCAUGAGGCGCCUGUCGCAGCUGCUCCUGCUCGCCCUGCUCGUCUUCCCCGCCGCGCUGCUGCUCGGGGGCGCCCGCGGCGGCCCAGGUUCGGGUUUAUUAGUUGCAGCUCAAGAUGCUACAGAAGAUGAGGAAGCUGUGGAAGAUACUGUAGUUGAAGAUGAAGAUGAUGAAGCUGAAGUUGAAGAAGAUGAGCCAACAGACUUGACAGAAGAAAAAGAGGAAGAAGACUUGUCAGGAGAGCCUAAAGCCUCACCCAGUGCUGAUACAACCAUCUUAUUUGUGAAAGGUGAAGACUUUCCAGCGAACAACAUUGUAAAAUUUCUGGUGGGCUUCACCAAUAAGGGUACAGAGGAUUUCAUUGUCGAGUCUCUCGAUGCUUCCUUCCGGUAUCCCCAAGACUACCAGUUUUAUAUCCAGAACUUCACAGCUCUCUCUCUGAACACAGUAGUUCCACCACAGAGACAAGCCACGUUUGAGUACUCUUUCAUCCCUGCUGAGCCUAUGGGUGGCCGUCCUUUCGGUCUAGUUAUCAAUCUCAACUACAGAGAUGUAAACGGCAACAUAUUUCAAGAUGCUGUCUUCAAUCAAACUGUUACAAUUAUUGAAAAAGAAGAUGGGCUGGAUGGAGAAACGAUCUUCAUGUACAUGUUCCUCGCUGGACUUGGUCUACUUGUCAUUGUUGGCCUACACCAGUUACUAGAAUCUAGGAAGAGGAAAAGACCGGUACAGAAAGUAGAGAUGGGAACAUCAAAUCAAAAUGAUGUUGAUAUGAGCUGGAUUCCCCAAGAAACUUUAAAUCAAAUAAAUAAAGCUUCACCAAGGAGGUUGCCCUCCAAGAGGGCACAGAAGAGACCAGUGGGCUCUGAUGAGUAAUGUUAACUAAGUACAACAGUUGAACCUUUACUAAUCCUGCCUGUUUGGGUUUUUUUGGAUUGGAGUAGUGCAGAGAAUCCAUAUCACCAUAAGGAAAAUACUGCUAAACAUUUGGACUGAACAGAUUAACUGGUGUUAAUAUUACUGAAAAUGCACUUCUCUUUAAUUUUUUUUUUUUUAAUUGUUGGGGGGUGGGGGGAGGUACCCAUUAAGAUUUGUGCCUGCGUGUGUAAGCGGUUGGUCUUAACAGAAACAUGUUACCUGAAAUGUGCCUUUAGAGUUCUUUGUAAUGCUGGCUUGUCAUCUGUACAUUGUCUUUGAAGGAUUUUUCUCCUCUCCCUAAUCUGAAUGUCUAGUGACUUAAUCAGUCUUGAUUGUAUCCUAUCUGUAUCAAAAUCUGUAUGCAUUUCUCUUCCUCAGUAAGUAACGUUCUUUACAGCAUGCACACACUGAAGUUUGUGUGUGUGGCCCCAUUUCAGUGGCAAGGCACUGAUCAUCUAGACUUCUGCAUAGUUUGCAUUCUAAAGGCACAAUUGGGUAUGGCUGCUUGUAGUGGUAGAUAUUUUGCUGCUGUUUUGAUCUGGGCAUGCAGUGACCUAAAAAUCUGAACUUAUCUGCAUAGAUGUUAGAAAGACUCUUACACAGCAGCAGAACUCGUGAAGCAUGAAAUUUGUGUGCUGAAUUGGUAUUACUACAUAAAUUUUUUUUAUACCCAACUUGUUAAAUGGUUAGUUAUUUGAGUCGUGCCAGCAGUUUAAGUAUGCAGAUCAUAGUGGUAGUUCUGCAAUGUUUACUCAAGAAACUAUUGAACAAGACAGAACAACUCUUCAGUAAGUUCUUGGUUCUCUCUCCUAAAAACUAGAAUGCCAUAUGUAUCCAGAUGUUGAUUUUGGGCUUUUUUAAAGCUUUACAAGGAUUUGCUGUACACACUUGAAACUGAAUUUGAAAAAUGGUUGGCGUCAAAGAAUUUUUUUAUUGGCAAGCUAUUUAAUUCACCCUUUAUUAUUUUUUUUAAAUCUCACCCAUCUUUCUGCUGCUCAGUACACUGGUCUGAGUUAUUUUUUCUCUCACAUUGUCUUUCUUACUAGUAACACAGAUGCAUAUUCAUCACUAACUACAUGUUAUUUCAGUACUCAAGCAGAAAAGCUCUAUGAAAUCAAAAUGAGAUUCCCUUUUGUGGCUUACGUGAUUACCAGGUACUGAGGUAUUGAUCCAUAUCCACUGCAUUCAGGAAUUUAACUGACAGGGAAAAGAGCAGAUAUGCAGAGUGUCAGUUUGCUGCCAUUCAGGCACUCGGACAAGGCUUGAGUUGUUUGCAUCUCAGCUGCAUCUCUUCCUGUGUCUGAAGGUUAUCUGGAAGCUUGUUGAGGUCAGGAAGAGGCAUCAAUUUGAGACCUCUGUCUUCUUUUCCUCCCCUUCCUGAUCCCUACUUGUGGAAAUCUUCUUUUAGAUCUACACUUGCUCUGCAGGGGCUGAGCUUCUGAGUCAGGGAAUGCUGAGCAGUAUUUCCAAAUCCUGUCACAGUGUGUUUGAAGCAUCUAAGCUCUGAAACUACCUGUACUGGCACUAUUUUAUUAUACACUUGGCCAGAAUGAACUGUGAAGAUGUUCUUGACUCAUCUUGCUAUGGAAGAGAUGCUUUGUUCAACUUUCUGAAGACAUAGCUAGUCCAGGCAGAAUAUUUUUCGCAGUUAAGAUAGCUUCUUUGUCAUACAGAUCACUUAGCAAACAGUUGAAUGCUGCCUUCGUAAGGAGUAUCUCCACUCAGGUUGCAUGGAACAACUUUUUUUGCCUUUAGUGAUGUAAUCUGACUGAUUCUGUGGUAGGUUUGAGGGCAUAUGUUCAAGCUUGCAUUGAUUCAACAGAGUGUUUAUGUAUUCAAUGACUCUAUGUACUAAAGCCCUGUAUUUAUUGCAGCACCUGAUACACUGAACUUCUGAGUUCCCUCUCUUGGAUUAUGUCUCUAACCUCACAUCAAGAGGGGUUUUUUUCAUUUCUGGUAAUAGGUUAUCUUGAACUAUGUGCUGUAAUUCUCUCCAAGGAUCAAAGGUACUCUCUGAGGGGGUGUGAUGAGAGCUGCUCUAGAUACAAUGGUAUGCUGGGGAAAAAAGACAAAGGAUCAGAAGAGAGGAUGCUAAUUUGUAAUACUCUAGUGUUAUUUGUUGAGAUAAAUAGAUUAGCCCUUACUGAAUGAGUCCUGGAGCAAGUGUGGCCCUUAGAAGCUGAAGGACUGUACAAAUAAGAAGUAAGUACUAGAAGGUUUGAGCUUUUUCUCUGCUCUUGGUGAUUUACCCUCCAAAUGCUUAAGCUCUAAGCAUGAAGAAGAGAGGAGGCAUCUUGCAUAGGAAUCAGCACUGGCCAUGUCCAGUUGUACCAAGCCCAUCUUUCUGAUCAUACAACUUGGCAUUCACUGGAUGGUUCACAGUGACUUUCUGAGCCAGAGGCAGUUCAUAAGAACAGUGGCUAGUAGACCUCUACUGCUCAUGAUAAAUGUCAUAACAGUUUUGGAUUACUCAUUUCUCUUUUAAUUUGCUGUAGUUGAAACUUAGCAAGAACAUUCCAGUAUGCAGUGGUAACUGAACUUUGGCAUCUCUAAAUUAUUUCUGGUGAAUAAGCCAGUGUACUCAUUUUUCUUCAAAUGAGAGAACACAGUUGCUGCUUUAUCCCAUUAGUUAGAAACUUUUAUUUUGGUACUUGAAUUUUCUACUCAAUUUUUAAACACACAGAGAUAGCUUAGUGUCACAGGUAUGUUACUGGAUAUCAUUAUUAUCAGCUGAGUGGGGUAUCAUUUCACUGGCUUAAAGAUGAGACAGCAGCAAUUCUGCCUCUCCCUAUGCCACCCCUUUCCAUGUGGCAGCCUAAGCUUUAUUAUAAUCUAGAGUUAUCACCAUGAUUCAGCUGGCUUAGUACACUGCCACACCACUGCUGUGAGGUUUUGAGAAAGUUUCAAAAUGAGAACUGUAAAAGAUGUGGACCGGACUUUCUUCCUUGUUAGUAAGAGAUAUUAAAGUGGUUUCAGGCAGCACAUAAACUAUGGCAUUGGAGUGAAGGAACACUAUUAAUUCCUUUCUCACAGCUCCUUAACUUACUCAAAAAAUUGUGAAGACUUAACAGUUCUACACGUGGGGUAAGAAAAACUGCUUUAGAGUUCAUGUCUACAAAGCAUUAAUUGAGCUACACGUGAACUGCAUGUGAUACUUGUAGCCUUCUGUAUGCUGUCUGCUUCGUGACAGCAGUUCAUUUUUUCCUGGUAUCAUUUAAUCUGAGAAAGAAGAGUGGCUGCUGUCAGACUAAAGGAUUGAAGCAUCACCUUAAUACUUCAUGUACAAAAUCAUUAAACUGUAGACUGUAGAGCUGAAUGGAGCAGACUAGUGAUGGUAGUGCUUGUUUAAAGAGUUAUGCUGAAGCUCUUCCUUAGCUUGGAGGAGGUAUAAUCAAAAUUACCAUUCACUGAUUAUUCCUGGAAUGCAUGGUGCUAAACAAAAUGUUGCAGGUGAAAGCUCUGAAUUCAGGGAAGUACCAGGGAAGCCAAAUAAUAAUGUGGGCUGGCUGUCCCGUUGUUCAGUGUGCCUGAUGUACUGAGCAGUAAAGAGUCUGUUCUCUUUUCUUCUCCAAAGGAAGGACACUACCUACCUCAUAGGAGUGACACAAGGGCUGUUUCAAGAGUGUUUUGAAGUUAUUUGAGACUUGCACAAUACACUUCCAUGGAGAUAGUAAGACAUAGCACUAGUGUAGCUUGCUGUCAAUUGCAUACAUAGAUACGUAUUGUACCAGUUUAGUCCCCUCACUGAACAGAACUCAGCAGCUUUACACUUAGACAUUUCUAAAAUACACAGAGCAAUUGCAUUGAAAUUAAAAAGGAGAGCAAAGCCAGAAAGAUCUCUUAUUUUCUGCAAAAGCUUAUGGGCGGGCUAAGUAAUAUUCUUCUGAUAUUUUUCCAUUUAUCUUUAAAUCUUCCCAGGGACUUUUUCUAAUCAAUUGAUACAGAUGAUUGAUUGUGUAGCUACAAUCAACAGUCAGUUUAAGAAUGACUGAUUGUUUUGGAUGAUUAAGUUUAGCUGUACUGCAACUGAAGUGUUGAAUUAACAUCUAGGUUUUUACCUGCUGACUUCCAUUUAUAAGUGAGAUCAGAUCUCUUGAAAACAGCUGCAGGUUUUUUGUUAAUUAUACUUGAUUUUUUUUCUCUUAGCAUUGUGUAGCUUUUUUUCUUUUUUUUAAUAAAGCAUGAGUAUGGCACCAAAAAAGAAAGGCCUUUUCCUUGAUAAGCAACCUGUACUUGUAAAUAUGCAAAGAGUAAAAACAUAGUAUUCUUAAAAAGCUGCUUCUCUACAAGUGUAGUUGGAAUAGAAAUAGUAUUGAGCAAAUACUCUGUUUUGGACAGUGGACUCAUAGUUAAGAUUAGAAGUCUUUAUAAGAAUGAGGGAGGGCCCUGGGAAAAUGUUCAGUAAGUUCUUGAAUCCUGCUCAGUUAAAACUGAGCCAUACUCCUCUACAUUUCUAGAAAGAAUAACCUGUUAAACCAUAGGCAAUGGAAAAAGGAUUUGUUAAGAUGCUUAAAGGUUGCUGAAGCACAAGGUUCUAAUACAGCCAAAUCCUUACGGUGUUUCCAUGAAUGCUGUUAUUUGACCAAACAAAGUGACAUUCCAGGCAGUAAUUCUGAAAGUAGCAGUUCCAGCAGGUGUAUUGCAUCCAAACAGAACAAGGUAAGACUUCCUGGUGAAAAAAGCUAACAAAAAUGGCUUAAAAAUAAAGGAUGCUGGGACUCCUGUA